UCAAAUAAUUCUAAUAUCAAUUAUCAAUUUGCUAUUGGUCAUUAAUUAAUUCGUGUAAAUAAUUGGGGAAACAAAAAAUAUAUUUGAAAGUUUAUUGGUCAAACAUGUUUUUAACGUUUUAGAAUUUGCAAAACCGCUCAUAAGGUAUUCGGCAUGUGUCAUCCUCGACUUUCCGAUACAAAACGUAUCAAAAACGCAGAAACGUUAAGAAAUUGAAGUUUACGUGUUAGAUAGGUAGAGAGCCACCAUCACAAAAACAGUUAAAAUCAAUAUUUGGCCAAUAGUAAAAAAAAAAUUCAAAAAAACCAACAGUGAAAUAAAUAGGUUUUAAGUGCUAAUUUCAAACAUUAAGGGAGGUAAACAAAAUUUUCCAAUUUAUAGAGAGGUUUAAAUGUAAUUAUACCAAACUUUAAGGAGGUAGGUAUAAUUUAUCCUAAAAUAUAUAAGUAAAUGAAAAGAAAGAGAAGAAAGUUCUGAUUUGCACCAGUGCACCUUCGUUUUGUACAAGCUUCCACUUCACUGAAGAAUUGGGGGUUUAGCAGUGAGAGAGAGAGAGAGAGAGAGAGAGAGAGAGAGAGAGAGAGAGAGAGAGAGAGAGAGAGAGAGAGAGAGAGAAUGGAUGAAGAAGAAUACGAAGUCGAUAGCCAGAGUGAGGAGGAGAGUGAAGUAUCAAGUAGGUGCAGUAGAGUUUCGGACACUGUAGAUAUAGAAGUAGAUUUCUCUGAUGCGUUUACUACUCGCAAUAUAUUUGGUUCGAGGGAGGAAUUGCUCGCGUGGGCGCGUUCCGUGGGCAGGCAACGCGGUACAGCAUUAACCGUUGAAACGUCGCGUAACGGAAUCAACGGGCGUAGAAGAGCGUUCGUCACGCUCGUGUGCGAGCGCGGAGGUAACUAUCGAAAACGGAAGCUUGAGGAGGUCGGCGCACGAAAAUGCGGAUGCCCUUUCAAAUUGAAGGGCAACGAAUUAGGCACGGGCGACGAAACAAUCGGGUGGCAGUUGACUGUUGUUUGCGGUAUUCACAAUCACGCGGAUUUUGGAAACACGGAAAACCCUAAUUCUGCAGAUGAAAUGAUUUCGGCAGAGGACGAGUCGAAACGGAGGGUUCAGAAGUUGAAUGUUGAAGAGAAGGUCGGUAAAUCUCAAAUGCAACUACUUAUGGAAAAAUUGGCCGAGCACAAAUAAUUAAAGUGGCACAGGUCGUGCGAAAUAACCGACGAGGUCACCGACAUGAUGUGGACGCACCCAGCUAGUAUUGCUCUCGCACGUAACUUCCCCCAUGUGUUAAUCAUGGAUUGCACGGUCAAGAUUAACCGCUUCCGUCUUCCGUUACUCGAGAUUGUGGGUGUUACUUCUACGAACCUGAAAUUCCCCGUCGCGUUUGCGUACUUGAAAUACGAAAAGGCGGAGAAUUACAAGUGGGCGUUGAGAAAUUUGUUGAAGUUCAUGAAAGGGUAUCCAAUGCCUAAUGUUAUUGUCACGGAUCUCGAACCGGAGUUGAUGAAAGCUGUAGCUGUUGUGUAUCCAGAUAGUCGUAAUUUGCUGUGUAAAUGGCAUAUAAUCCAGGACAUACGAAUUAAUUGUAAAGAAAUGUUCGUACGACGCCCGUUUGGAUGGGAGUGUUUUGAGUGGAUGUGGUCCUGCUUUGUCGAACAAGUUACCGAAGAGUCGUUCGAUCGAAAAGUAUCUCUACUGAAAAAAAGUUAUCCCGAUGCUCUAUCUUAUAUCUCGCAACAGUGGUUGGACCCGUUUAAGGAUUAUUUUUUAACGACAAACACGUGUAUGCACUACGGGGUAUUGGUGGAGCCAGAAUUCGACAAAAGGUUCAAUACUUAUUAUCAUUGUAACUUGAAACUUCACUUGGAUUCGUUGAAAGGGAGUUUUGCCGACAAUUGGAAAAACAUUAACGGGAUAUUGGUUCAGCAAUAUUGUAUUAUAGCAUCUUCAUUUCGAACUAGCAAGAAUAUCGUCCAAGACCAACAUGGUUUUAAGCCUGCAAUCUUUAACGAGCUUCGAGGAUUCGUUUCGGAGUUUGCUCUUAAAAAGAUCAGGUCCAAAUUGAAGAGAGCACGCGAUUGUUUGACGGUCCAUUUCGAGAUGCCUUGCGAGUGCAAUUUACAAGCAACGUAUGGAUUACCUUGCGCGCAUAAGUUGUAUGAAUUCCAGAAGAACGGAAUACCUAUUCCACUUGAUUUGGUUGACUCGCAUUGGAAGAACUUAAGUAUGCAGCCGCCUAAACGUCGUUUGGUAAAGAAAGAUAAUCUCGAUCGGGCUGAAGGUUCGAAGAACUUAAAUAUGGAGCCUAAACCUCGUUUGGUAGAGGAAAAUAAUCUCGAUUGUGCUGAAGAUUCGAAGAACUUAAAAAUGGAGCCUAAACCUCGUUUGUUAGAGGAAGAUAAUCUCGAUCGUGCUGAAAAUUCCAAGAACUUAAUUAUGGAGCCUAAACCUCGUUUGGUAGAGAAAGAUAAUCUCGAUCGUGCUGAAGAUUCGAAGAACUUAAAAAUGAAGACUAAACCUCGUUUGGUAGAGAAAGAUAAUCUUGAUCGUGCUGAAGAUUCGAAGAACUUAAGUAUGGAGACUAAACCUCGUUUGGUAGAGAAAGAUAAUCUUGAUCGUGCUGUGGAUUGGAAGAACUUAAGUAUGGAGCCUAAACCUCGUUUGGUAGAGGAAGAAAUUCUCGACUGUGCUGAGGAUUUAGCGAAGUUCUCGGAGUUCUUUCAUGAACAAGAUGCCCAAACAAGGAGGCGUCUUCUCGAAGAGUUGCGCAAGAUAUACAAGCCUGAUCGUAUCACUUCAUCCGGGGAAUAAAGAAGAUUGAUACAUUUAGGACAUUAGUAAGUCCGUGUGUAUUGUUCGUUUUGUUACGUUUUGCAGAUUUGUCGGUUCUUCUCUCGGUUGGUUACAUUCUUAUCUAUUAGAACUUCGGUAUGAUUUUUGGCUUUAUUAUGAGAGGGAAGAACCUUUACAAGUACAUAUAUGUUUCUGCAGAUUGUUUUC